AUGACAACAUCAGAAGAAAUUUCAACUUUGAAACUGUUGAGCCAACAUCUCUUGGGGGAUAUCUCAGACUCAUUCCUCUCCAAUCUCAUUCCUGUAAAACUCGAAGACCCAUCAUCAGAAUUUGAUUUGGAUUCAAGUUUAUCAGAACAAAGCAUAUUCUGCACUUUUCUUGAAUGCUUUGAUAUUGAAGCAGAUACAGAAAAAGUUGUUGACCUCACUUCUCACGAGGUCCAAAACUCCAUAGCAGAGGAAACCACAGAGAAGUCCAAUUCUGCCGAACCAAUGAUGUCAGGGAAAAAGGAACCAACAUGCUACGAGGGAAGGCGUUACAGAGGAGUGAGGAGAAGACCAUGGGGCAAGUUUGCUGCAGAGAUCCGUGACCCCACAAGGAAAGGGACAAGGGUGUGGCUUGGUACAUUUGACACUGAGAUUGAUGCUGCCAAGGCUUAUGAUUGUGCUGCCUUCAGAAUGAGGGGUCACAAAGCCAUAUUGAAUUUCCCUCUGGAGGCUGGAGUGUCUAAUCCAAAGCCCAACAAUUGUGGCAGGAAAAGGAGAAGAGAGCAUAUACAAGAAGCUUGUACAAGUUCAAGUUAUGUUGUGUCCUGAGAAUUCAGAGUGAAAGA